GUGAUCGGUGGAUAAUCCAACCCCGUGGCUCGUUACAACUGCAAAGCGAAGUCGCGUUUGUAAGAAGCAAUGGCGACGGUCUAGAGGAAGAAGGCAGCAUUUCAAAGCUAAAAUCGACCAUACAGCGGCAGGACGUUCGGUGUUGAAAUUCAGGCAGGUGUUCAGACUAUCUUCCAAUGGAAAGUGCCCUGGUGGAAUCUGGCAUGGUGAUGGCCCCCACGGCAGCACAGAGUUCAGCCCCCCUCAGUCUGGGCACGAAGUCACGGGACAGAAGGAAGACCCCCGCUUUCCUGUCAAACCUGGGCAAAGCCACCCUGCGUGGGAUUCGCAGAUGCCCCCGAUGCGGGGUCUAUAACGGCACCCGCGGCCUGAGCUGCAAAAACAAGGCAUGUGGGGUGGUCUUCCGCGACGGUGCGGCGGGGGCAGGUGGCAGGACAGGGCCGAAGAAAGGGGGCGGCGAGGUGGUGCGGCUGGUAAUAAAUGGGGAUGGCGGGGAAGGGGGGGCAGCGGUGACUCAGGUAUUCUCCCUGCGUCAGCGAGGGAGGGGCGCGGAGCAGCGCGGUUUCGUGGAGCUGACCGUGACAGACACGGCCAUCGCCACGGCGGACGGCACCGUGCUCACGCGCAUCAGCCUCGGCCGCUGCUUUGUGCCGGCGUGCUUGCGGGGGCAGAGCCAGGGUCAGGGACAGGCGCUGAGCCCGGAGCAGGCUGCCGGCACGGGACAAGGGCCGGACCCCCAGCAACAGCAGCCCGAGAGCCCCUGCGUACACGUGAAGCGCGCCAUGGAGUGCCAGACGGACGCCACCCCCCUCCCGCUGAAGAGCUCGGUGCUGGACUCCAUGCAGGCCCCUGUGUGGGCCAAGGAGGAGGUGUGGCAGCUGGCCACCGAGUCGCCGAGCCCCCUGGUCCAGCGUGUGUCCCGUGGCACGUUGGUGGUUAAGUGCCACGUCAGCGAGCAGCACCCACUCGGGCUCCUGCACGUCACUCUGGGUUCCACGCCGGGGGCCACGAAGGCAGAUCUCCCUCUCUGCGAGAGGUCGGCGGCAGACUUCCACUGUGCCUGUCAAGCUGUACACCCAAGGAGAGGAUUUGGGGUUCGGGCGAACGAGGAGCAGGAGGGCCAACUGCCUCCCAAGCCCCCUGCACCUCCUGCUUCCUCCUCCUCCACCUCCUCCUCAGCCCAGGAACCCUGCCUCCACUUCUACGCAUGCGUGUGCGCCAUCGCCAGCGAUGACAAGCUGGCGUCUGAGUUCGCCGACUUCCUUGGCUGUAGCUACAAUGGUGGGCAGGCGAGCGCUGACUGCCCUGUCCUCAGUGCACCUAAUCCCCUGCGGCCAGCCAAGCCUGGCGCCCCCAACAGGGCUAAGAGGGUGAGAAUCAACGAGACCCUCACAGGUGUCCGAGAGACCCAUUUUCCCAGCAACCUGCGCAGACCCACUCAGAGGAAACAUCCCAUUUCUGCCGUUCUCAAGAGCACCGGAGGCAGCCAGCUUGUGGACGAGGGCCAUGUCUCCCUCUCCUUCCAGCAGUGGCUUGCCAGCGUCACCGAGAGGAUCCACCAGACCAUGCACUUCCAGUUUGACGGAAAGCCAGAGCCGCUGGUGUUCCACAUUCCCCAAGCUUUCUUCAACGCCUUGCAGCAGAGGCUCUCGCUGGGCUCCAAGAAGAGGAGGCUGCCCAACUCCACCACGGCCUUCGUGCGGAGCGAUGCCCUCCCCCUGGGCACCUUCUCCAAGUACACCUGGCACAUCACCAACCUACUGCACGUCAAACGGAUAUUCGACACGCCCGAGCUGCCUCUGGAGCUCACACAGAGUUUUGUGAAGAACCGCGAUGGCUCUUAUUCGCCUUUCCGCUGUCCGGAAGUGCCGCCUGAGCCCGUGGCUGAUGGUCAUGGUCGAUCUGAGCGACCGCAGGCAAUCCGACCGCUGGAGCUUCGCACCUUCCUGAUAGUAGGGACUUCGACACCAGAACAGAAGGGACCCACUCCCUUUGUGAUCGAGUGGAUUCCGGACAUCUUGCCCCAGUCGCGGGUUGGUGAACUGCGGAUCCACUUCGAAUAUGGGCACCAGCAUGGCACGCAGCCAGAGUCCGCUGGGAGUCCUGGGGCAGGCGGGGCCCCCAGGGGGCGGGCCGGUCCUGACGCCAGCCAGUCGCAGCCUGCGCCGACCAUCGAGAUCUUACGCGUCGUCGUCCCGUGACGGACUCUUUACAUGAUGAUUAGGGGAUGAACUCUUUUUUUUAAUGACCCAGAAGCUGGCAUGUUGUGUGUGUUUAGUGAGGAGCAUCUCAGACUCACCAGCUGUUGUCAUGGUGACGGCACACACCGAGAGCUGUGCUUCGGUUUGAUUUCCUAGAUGGUUUGUGUGUGAACUUUUAUGUGCUUUAAGUGUUCCUCCAGUAAUCUGAAUCACUCCAGUGCUGCUGAGUGUUGAAACGAUUGCCAUGUUUCUAUGAAAUGAGUUUCGCACUGGGGGAACUGGAGCAGAAGUGUUUUAACGGGCCGUCAUAUGGGUUGGUACUCACUGCUGUGGUUGACCGGCUCCCAGGAGAUGCUGCCGCUACCUCGACAUACCUGCAGCGCCCCUAGUGUUCACAACCAAAGAAUAAAGGUGAGAAUUUUGCCAAAUUCCAGCAUAAAA